AUGGCCGUUGAGGCGGAAAGAUUCUCGAAUGGCGACUAUGCACCGGACGAAGCUCGGUGGACCGACGAUCUGCAGAAGAUCACGGGAAGCCGAUGGAUGCGCGUGGCACAGGACCGAUCUAUGUGGAGAUCCUUGGGGGAUGCCUAUGCUCAGCGCAGGGUGUCAGGAAUGAUUGUCAAAAAUUCUUCCUUAGCCAACAUGUCACUGAAUAUCAUCCGAAUAAAAAUACACAGCUGGGCAUAUCGUGAUCGACCGUUUGAGCACCGGCUUGAGAAAACGGCUCAUUUUACACAUAAUGUUAGUAUGGCUACGGAGAUCAUUACAAUUUCACUGUCGCUACUUGUUAUAGCAACCGAUGUGCAAACACAGUAUUUUGAUUUAUUCCAAGGCUACCAACCGUUCGUACCUUUACAACAUACUACUAAAAGGCCAGACUUCCUAAUCUACCCACAAGAAAACAGCCAGAAAAGGUCCAAAGGCGAGGCGGGCUUUAUAAGCAAUGACAGACAAACGAGUAAAGAGCAGACGAGAAGACAACCAUCACAUUCGCACGAAAGAGACGGCAAUAAACACACAACCAAAAGAAAGCAUGUUACCACAGCGUCUUUAUUCAAUUUAAAUUUUUUCACUACUCCUGCACCCAUUAAGAGGGCCAUCAAAAACUCUAGUCGAAGACAUUUUAAUACGGACGAGUCGAAUAUAAAUGAUAACAUAAGUACUAGUCAAGAGCAAACCAAUAAAAGAGCGUACAAUUCCAAUUUCGAUGACAAAAGACAGUCGUACGAUGAAACAUUAAACAACAUAGCUGAAAAUUAUCAUUCAACUACUAAGCGCGCUUACUCAACUACAAGACGUAAUUAUAUUACUCCGAAACCUAAUCGAGCCACUACUAAGUCUGCUUUCGCAACUACAAAGAAUUAUCACAGCACAAGAAGGCCUGGUAGCGAUGUGAAUUCGUAUUAUACGACGCUUAGACCGGGAGUCAGACCUGCUAAUGUUGAUUUGAGUAAACCACCCAUUACCAAUAAACCACCCGCACUGGCUGUGUAUCCUCGGCCUACGGACAGUAGUGUUAUCCGGUUUCCCGAAGACCCUGAUACUAGUCCUGAGUUAAUACCGGGACCAGAUGAAGACAAAAUGAGUUAUGCUGAGAAGAGGAGGUACAUAGAGUUAGCUGAGAAAAUGUGUGACAAAUACAAAUCUUUGAACGUGAAGAAGUUAGAAGCUAUACCACUUGUCCCUUCCCCGGAGCCAGUGCGAGUGAACGUAUCGGUGUGUCCACCAACCAACGUACCACUGGUAGUGGGUGGAAAAGUGGUCACCAUCCAGGAGUUCCCGCAUAUGACGCUGCUUGGCUGGACCAAACUGCAGGGUGGUGGUUACUCUUGGAAAUGUGGCGGAUCACUGAUCAGUGACCAAUAUGUGCUGACAGCGAGUCAUUGUGCCCAUCAGGAUAAAGAUGACACAGUAGUUACGGGUGCACCAAGGGUGGUACAACUUGGUUCCAGCUAUUUGGAUGAUGCAGGAGCUUUGGUGGUUAAAGUGUUGUCCGUGUUUCGGCACCCGAAAUACAUCUCGAAUAGGUCUUACUACGACAUAGCUCUCGUCAAAUUGGUGAAACCUGUUACAUUUUCGGAGGUGGUGAAACCAGCUUGUCUCGGUGAACCUCCAGGCGUAGGAGAACCGAUUAUAGCCACAGGCUGGGGGCGGACGGAAUUCGGUGGAAGCCAAUCCCUAGAAUUGCGUAGCGUCUCCAUACCGGUGUGGGACAUGAACGAGUGUCAGCAAGCUCUAGGAACAUCUAGGAAGCUUCCGAACGGUCCUUCUAGGGACAGCCAGAUCUGUGCUGGAGAGAAGCAAGGAGGGAAGGACACCUGUCAGGGUGAUUCUGGUGGACCCGCCCAAAUCCAAGAUGGCUGCGCUUGGCGAGUAGUAGCCGUCACUUCCGUUGGAAGAUCUUGUGGAGCACCUAAUACUCCUGCGCUUUACGCUACCCUCCAUAGAGCUUUCAUAGCUGCCCAAAUAUUCGGGAAACUUUCCAACAACCAGGAUACAGGAAGCCAGAACAGACAAGACAAUAUAAACGUCAACAACUAUCAAAAUGAAAAUUCUAACAAACCCAACCGUAGACCUAAUGUUAAUAAUGACAAUAAUAAUAACAAUGGAAAUGGAAAUUAUAAUCAGAAUGCUAAUGGACAAAGUAAUAGCAAUGUUAAUAAUAAUAACCGAAAUGAAAAUUAUAGUCCAAAUACGAAUAGCCAAGAUAAUAUUAACGUAAAUAAUAAUAACAGAGAUCUGAAUCAUAACAGGAAUACCAAUAGACACAACGAUAGGCAAAACAAUGUGAAUGUAAAUAAUAAUAAUAAUGGCGUAAAUGUACCUUUUAAUAGUAAUUAUAAUAACGGUUAUAAUAUACCUGACGAUGUAUAUAAUCUUAAUAUAAAUAAUAAUCGUAAACAGAAUGCUAAUUAUAAUACGGAUAAUGAUUAUACGCCUGAAUUUAGUGUUAAUUAUAAUAAACGAGAAAAUGGAAAUGACAAUUAUGAUAUUGCACGACCGAAUUAUGGAAAUGUGGGAUCUAAUACGAAUUCAAGGAAUCAAUAUGUGAGAGAUACCGGUUAUAAUGGUUAUAAAAAUGAAUUCAAUGUUAAUGAUGGAGCAGAUUAUUAUGGGAGACAAGAAUAUGUAGUGACUGAAGCGCCUAAAUACAACGAUGAAAGAAAUUGGUGGCAGCCAUAUUAGAUUUUAUUAUAAGUGUGAUUAUUAGUAAGGAAUUUUAUUUAUAACUUAUUUAAUUGGAUGUAGUUAAUUGAUAAUUCAAUGUUUAUAAUACAAUAACUUCCGCAGUGGUCGGUCAUUGGAUGGAUGACCAAAAAUCGAGAUCCUCCGUGCUUCGGAAGGCACGU